AUGGCGGGCAGUACUCCGUCUCAUGCGCAGUCGUCGCUCCCAUCACUGCCAUCGCAUCUACAAUCAGAUACCCACCUGACGGCACAUUUAGCAAGCCGGUUUCAUGUUGGCUUACCAACAGCCCGCCUGUCGUCUCAAGCAUUGAUAUGUCUCAAUACUUAUACUUCGUCUUCAAAAGGCCCCGAUGGCGGUAAGGAGGACAGUGCCAUGGGGGAGGCGGAGGAUCUGGCUCGACGGGCUUUUACGAGACUAGGUGCUCGGGGAGAAAAUCAAGCUAUUGUGUUUCUAGGGGAGAGUGGAGCUGGUAAAACGACAAUUCGCGCGCAUAUCCUGUCCUCAUUGCUCUCAUUUUCAUCUACCCCGCUAUCGUCGAAACUAUCCUAUGCAACUUUUGUCUUCGACACUUUGACUACCACCAAGUCCCUGACCACGCAGACAGCGUCUAAAUCCGGCCUGUUCUUGGAACUACAAUACGAUGGAUCAUCUUCCAUCAACCCUACCCUGAUCGGUGGUAAGGUCAUUGAUCACAGGUUGGAGCGGAGUCGAAUUGCUUCAGUACCGACGGGUGAGCGAAGUUUCCAUGUUCUCUACUACCUGCUGGCUGGUACAAGCGCUGCAGAGAAGGCCCACUUGGGUAUCGAUAAUUCCAUCCACAUAACCACUUCUGGGGGUAAGCUCUCGUCCGGUUCAGUGAGCCACAAGAGAUGGAGAUAUCUGGGCCAUCCGACUCAGUUGAAGGUGGGAGUCAAUGACACCGACGGCUUCCAACAUUUUAAGACGGCACUAAGAAAGCUGGAAUUUUCCCGGAACGAAAUCGCCGAAAUCUGUCAGAUCCUGGCGAGUAUCCUUCACCUUGGGCAGCUGGAGUUUGCCAGUGGGCAAUCUACCACCACCUCUGCAGAGGAGAGUGGUGGAUACUCGCAUGAAGGUGGUGAGACCGUUACCAUCGUGAAGAACAAGGAUGUACUCGCCAUCAUCGCCGCCUUUUUGGGCUUGGGACUCGAGGAGCUUGAGAUUAGCUUGGGCUACAAAACGAAAACAAUCCACCGGGAGCGUGUGACCGUCAUGCUUGAUCCGAAAGGCGCACGGCAAAAUGCUGAUGAGCUUGCACGCACCAUUUAUUCUCUUCUGGUGGCCUAUGUGAUCGAGACGGUCAACCAAAAGAUUUGUGCCGCAGAAGACAGCGUUGCAAACACCGUCUCCAUUGUUGACUUUCCCGGUUUUUCUCAAGCCUGUUCUACUGGUUCUACCUUGGAUCAGCUCCUUAACAAUGCGGCAACUGAAUCGCUCUACAACUAUUGCCUCCAGUCAUUCUUUGACCGAAAGGCCGAUAUGCUAGAGCGCGAAGAAGUGGCUGUGCCUCCUACGAGUUAUUUCGAUAACACGGAUGCUGUGCGUGGGCUUCUGAAGCAUGGAAAUGGUUUGUUGAGCAUUCUUGAUGAUCAGGGCAGGCGUGGGAGGUCUGACGCUCAAUUCAUUGAGAGUAUCAAGAAGCGCUUUGAAAACAAGAACCCUGCCAUUCUUGUCAGCAACCCGGGGCGAGCUCCUGGCAGCAACUUUGUUUCAGAUACAGCCCGCUCAGCAUUUACAGUAAAACACUUUGCCGGCGAGGUCGACUACCCUGCCACUGGCCUGAUUGAAGAGAACGGGGAAGUCAUUUCAAGUGACCUGAUGAAUCUCAUGAAGUCCACUCGAAGCGAGUUCGUCAAGGACCUCUUUGGACAAGAUGCCUUGCAAACCGUUUCUCAUCCGAGAGAGAAGACGACUAUUAUGCAAGCACAAGUCAGUUCAAAGCCUUUGCGGAUGCCGAGUAUCGCCAGACGCAGGACAAACCCAUCUGCCAGAAUGUUCGAUGCCUCCUUGGCUGAAGAAGGAGAGGAAUAUGAAAGCCAACCAGGUUCCAUCAAGAAAGGCUCUGCGGGCCGGAAAACAGGCGUGCUUACUGGUGGUAUCCAAGGUGCAGCUGGUCAAUUCCUCUCCUCUCUUGAAAUCGUCAAUAAAUGCUUGAGCUCAGCCAACUUGAACCCAUACUUCGUUUUCUGUUUGAAACCAAACGAUCGACGAAUCGCCAAUCAGUUCGACAGCAAAUGCGUGCGAGCCCAAGUUCAGACCUUCGGAAUCGCUGAAAUCAGUCAGAGGUUGCGCAAUGCUGAUUUUAGCGUUUUCCUUCCAUUUUCAGAGUUCCUUGGUUUGGCUGAACUCGGUAACGUUGUCGUCGGUAGUGAUAAAGAAAAGUCAGAAGUCGUCCUGGACGAAAGAAAGUGGCCAGGAAAUGAAGCCAGAGUUGGUAGCACUGGUGUCUUCCUUAGCGAGCGAUGCUGGGCAGAUCUCGCAAAGGUCGGGGAACGCGUUAUCCCCUUCGCCGGUCAGCCGGACGAGGAUGGCUUGCUUCACCCACGUAAUGCUGCCUAUAUGGACUCUAAAGUGCGACUUCUCAAUCCAGCCGACCAAUCUCCCGGUGCCUUUAUCUACGGCGAAGACAAGCAAGGAUACUUUGGCAGCCGCGAUCUGGAUGGACGCUCUGAUGCGGGAGGCUCUGCCUUCAAUUCGGGUGAUAUGUUCCGCAAUCUGGAGACCAGGCAGCAGAUGCUGGAAAAGGGCAAUGAGAAGGAGAUGGAGGAAGUGGAUGAUGCCCCUGUCUCUGGUAGCCGCAAGCGGUGGAUGGCACUCGUCUACAUGCUGACAUUUUACAUUCCCGACAUUGCUAUCAAAUUCUUUGGAAGAAUGUCACGGAAGGAUGUGCGACUCGCCUGGCGAGAAAAGCUGGCUAUCAACAUUAUCAUCUGGUUCAGCUGUGCCGUCGCCAUUUUCUUCAUUGUCGCUUUCCCUGGAUUGGUUUGUCCCACACAACACGUUUAUUCGGCAUCUGAGUUAGCUUCUCACAACGGCAAAGAUGGCCACAAUUCUUACGUUGCCAUCCGAGGUGUUGUUUUUGACUUAGGUUCUUUCAUGCCAUCUCAUUACCCUGAUAUUGUGCCAGAGUCAGCGUUAAAGAAGUACGCUGGUGUCGAUGCCACCAGCCUUUUCCCUGUCCAAGUGUCUGCUUUGUGUCAGGGCAAAGAUGGGCACAUCGAUCCUACCGUUCUUUUGGAUUACAAACCGACAAACGUCUCGGGCUCGGUGACUGCAAUCAGUAGCACAGAUACCAAUGCCAACUACCAUGACUUCCGGUAUUUCACCAAUGACUCUCGUCCGGAUUGGUUCUACGAGCAGAUGGUCAUGCUACGGGCAAACUACAAAAAGGGCUUCAUCGGUUACAGUUCAGAUUAUCUGAAGACCCUGGCAGGAAAAUCCCAGUCAAUCGGUAGUAUCAAUGGCAAAGUCUAUGAUCUUACCACGUACAUUACAGGAGGUCGGAGAUCAGCAGCUCCCCCAGGAAAAUCGGUGCCUUCAAAAGUUGACACGGAUUUCAUGGACUCUAUGGUUGUCGACCUCUUCCAGCAACUCCCCGGCCAGGACCUUUCGAAAUACUGGGAAAACCUCGACAUUGACUCGGGAAUGCGUGAACGUAUGCAACUAUGCUUGGACAACUUGUUCUUCGUCGGCCAUGUGGACACCCGAAAUUCGCCUCAAUGCCAGUUCGCCCGUUACUUCAUUUUAUCCAUUUCGAUCAUUAUCUGUGCGGUAAUCACGUUCAAAUUCUUGGCUGCUCUCCAAUUCGGCAAGAAGAACGUUCCCGAGAAUCUGGAUAAAUUCAUUAUUUGUCAGGUUCCGGCCUACACAGAAGAUGAAGAAUCCCUUCGCCGAGCUAUCGACUCUAUGGCACGCAUGCGCUAUGAUGACAAGCGUAAACUUCUUCUCGUCAUCUGCGAUGGUAUGAUUAUUGGUCAAGGUAACGACCGUCCUACUCCACGGAUUGUUUUGGACAUCUUCGGUGUCCCAGAAUCGGUCGAUCCCGAGCCUCUUAGCUUUGACAGUUUGGGUGAAGGUAUGAAGCAACACAACAUGGCCAAGGUCUAUUCCGGUCUAUAUGAAGUACAAGGUCAUAUCGUUCCUUUCCUCGUCGUUGUCAAGGUUGGAAAGCCGUCUGAGGUAUCGAGGCCUGGAAACCGAGGCAAGCGUGACUCCCAAAUGGUUCUCAUGCGGUUCUUGAAUCGUGUCCAUUACAACCUUCCUAUGAGUCCCAUGGAACUGGAAAUGUAUCACCAAAUACGGAAUAUCAUCGGUGUCAAUCCCACAUUCUAUGAGUUUAUCUUGCAGGUCGAUGCCGAUACGGUGGUUGCCCAAGAUGCAGGAACACGAAUGGUAGCUGCGUUCCUGGGUGAUACUCGACUCAUUGGUGUCUGUGGAGAAACAGCUUUAACCAACGCCAAAACAUCCGCGGUUACUAUGAUGCAGGUUUAUGAAUACUACAUUUCGCACAACCUUAUCAAGGCCUUCGAAAGUCUUUUCGGAUCCGUUACGUGUUUGCCUGGUUGUUUCACGAUGUAUCGUAUUCGCUCCGCGGAGAACGCAAAACCACUGUUCGUUAGCAAGGAAAUCGUCGAGACCUACUCUGAGAUUCGAGUUGAUACCUUGCAUAUGAAGAACCUGCUGCACCUGGGUGAGGAUCGUUAUUUGACGACCCUGCUUCUGAAGCAUCAUCCGAAGUACAAGACCAAGUUUAUCUUCCGUGCCAAUGCCUGGACCAUCGCUCCGGAGCAGUGGUCAGUCUUCCUAUCGCAACGUCGUCGCUGGAUUAACUCGACUGUCCACAACCUGAUCGAACUGAUUCCUAUUCAACAACUCUGUGGUUUCUGCUGCUUUAGUAUGCGCUUUAUUGUCUUUGUCGAUCUUCUCAGUACCGUCAUCAUGCCUGUCACCGUGGCGUACAUUAUCUAUCUCAUUGUGUGGCUUGUCCGGGACACGUCUGUGGUUCCCUAUACAGCCUUCAUUCUUCUAGGUGUGACAUACGGUCUUCAGGCAUUUGUUUUCAUCCUUCGCCGCAAGUGGGAAAUGGUUGGCUGGAUGAUUGUAUACAUCCUUGCAAUUCCCGUGUACUCCUUGGCCCUUCCGCUCUACUCCUUCUGGCACAUGGAUGACUUUUCUUGGGGAAACACUCGUGUUAUUACCGGAGAGAGUGGCCGGAAGGUCGUCAUCUCAGACGAAGGCAAAUUCGACCCAGCCUCAAUCCCGAAGAAGCGAUGGGAAGAAUAUCAAGCCGAACUGUGGGAGGCCCAAACGUCGCGCGACGACCGGUCCGAAAUUUCUGGUAUUUCCUACGGUACUAAGAACUUCCCUGUUGCUCACUCGGAUUACGGAUUCCCUGGUUCUCGACCCAUGUCACAGCUCGAACAGCUGCCUCGCUAUGGAUCUCGCAUGUCACUGGCUCCAUCCGAACGGAUGAGCCGACACAUGGACAUGGAGAUGGAAGAUAUUGCUGGAUCGCCCACUGACGAUGCCAUUCUCGCGGAGAUCCGAAACAUCCUUCACACGGCAGACUUGAUGACUGUCACAAAGAAGAGCAUCAAGCAAGAACUGGAAAGACGGUUCGGUGUCAACUUGGACUACAAACGGCCAUACAUCAACUCAGGUAAGAAUACCUCUACUCUCAAAAUCUAUCAUAUCAUGAGCAAAUUUCUGACAUUUUUUCUACAGCUACCGAAGCCGUUCUAUCCGGUAUCCUUUGAUCCCCUCUACCCAAUCCACUCACGGCACUGUACAAAGUCCCCCUUUACUUCAUUUGCACGAUUACAUAAUGAUAAUAUUUCUCUUUCCCCCCCUCGCUUAUUGUUCUCCUAA